CGGGCCGCGACCCUGCACUCGCCUGGAGCGCGCGGCGCAGCGCAGCGGAGCUCACGGGGGUGCACGGCGGCGCGCUCGCACCGCACAGCUCUCGGAGGCGGCCGGGGUGCAGGGCUGAGCGGGGGUCCUGGAAAGGCGGCUGCGGCCCCGGAGCACGGCCUCAGUCACUGCCGUUGCCCCGGCCGGGACAUCUCGCUCUGCCAUGGCCCUGGCGGACAGCACGCGCGGAUUACCCAACGGGGGCGGCGGCGGGGGUGGUAGCGGCUCCUCGUCCUCCUCCGCGGAGCCGCCGCUUUUCCCCGACAUCGUGGAGCUGAAUGUGGGGGGCCAGGUGUAUGUGACCCGGCGCUGCACGGUGGUGUCGGUGCCCGACUCCUUGCUCUGGCGCAUGUUCACGCAACAGCAGCCGCAGGAGCUGGCCCGGGACAGUAAAGGCCGCUUCUUUCUGGACCGGGACGGCUUCCUCUUCCGAUACAUCCUGGAUUACCUGCGAGACUUGCAGCUCGUGCUGCCCGACUACUUCCCCGAGCGCAGCCGGCUGCAGCGCGAGGCCGAGUACUUCGAGCUGCCCGAGCUCGUGCGCCGACUCGGAGCGCCCCAGCAGCCCGGCCUCGGGCCGCCGCACUCUCGGCGCGGGGUGCACAAGGAGGGGUCGCUGGGUGACGAGCUGCUGCCGCUGGGCUACGCAGAGCCCGAGCAGCAGGAGGGCGCCUCGGCCGGGGCGCCGUCGCCCACGCUGGAGCUGGCGAGCCGCAGCCCGUCCGGGGGCGCGGCGGGCCCGCUGCUCACGCCGUCCCAGUCUCUGGACGGCAGUCGGCGUUCUGGCUACAUCACCAUCGGCUACCGCGGCUCCUACACCAUCGGGCGGGACGCGCAGGCGGACGCCAAGUUCCGGCGGGUGGCGCGCAUCACCGUGUGCGGCAAGACGUCGCUGGCCAAGGAAGUGUUCGGGGACACCCUGAAUGAGAGCCGGGACCCCGACAGGCCCCCGGAGCGCUACACCUCGCGCUAUUACCUCAAGUUUAACUUCCUGGAGCAGGCCUUUGACAAGCUGUCCGAGUCAGGCUUCCACAUGGUGGCGUGCAGCUCCACCGGCACCUGCGCCUUUGCCAGCAGUACCGACCAGAGCGAGGACAAGAUCUGGACCAGCUACACCGAGUACGUCUUCUGCAGGGAGUGAGCUCCCUAGACCCCUCGCGACUCCAGCGCCCACUUCCCCUCUUCCUUGCUGCGGGGAUAAUUAUAGGUUACCCCCACCUGCCCACUGUUCCCCGAUUUCUCCCACCUUCUCCAGUAGCUCGGCCAGACUUGUCAGCCCUCACUGCAGAAUCUGCAGCCACAGAUCCUCUGGGCUUCGUUUUCUGUGGACCUUGCUAACCUAGAGCUCUCAGACCUAGUUCCCAUCCCACCCUUCCUUAACUCCCGGCCUCAAAGCACCCUCCCCCACCAUUGUACUUCAGCUUGGACCUAGUGGGGCAGCGUGGCCACAAAGUCACCAAGUACCUGGGAAAAAUGAAUUGGGGGGUGUCCAGUGUGUAGAAGAUUUCUUGAAAUCUCAAGCCUUUUUGACUCAUAUGCGUUUUAAGAGCUAGAACUGAUAACACUGUCUGGGAGAGUGGUUUUUUUUUAUUUUUUUAUUUUUUUUAAAGAUCAUUACAGUCUCUUUAAAGUAGUUUUAGAAGACUGAAUGGAAGACUUCAAUACUGGAAUUAAGACCCCACGGAGCCAAUUCAGUGACUGUAAAUGAGUAAAGUUUUGAUGAGUUGGAGGUAGAAGACUAGUGCGGGUACAGUGAAAGAUUGGAUGUUUGGCACACACAAUAGGUCUUCGCCUGUGGUUUAAACUUGUAGAAAGAGAACCUCCUGCCUGCGGGGGCGCCCUUUCUCCUUGGGCCCGUUCCGUGGUUUGAUAUGGCAGCCCUCAUAGGCUAGAAGUAAAGGCGCUGGCUGCCUCCUAAGAGGGCGAGCCGCUGGGGACUCCAAGCGCUGCGGGGUGUUAGGUGGCAGUGACUAAAUGCGGCCGGGUAGUAGUGUACGUUGUUGUGGACAGUAGGACCAUACAACCAUUAGCUCUAGGAAUGGGGGGUGGGUUGGGAGGGAGGAAAGAGGGGAGGAAGGGUGGGAAGGGAGGAGCAGACAUACUCAUUUAUUAUCUGAAAAUUGGAAGUCUGUACCAAAGUUUGAGGACAUGCACAUUUAAAAAUUACAAAACAAACGCAAACUUGCAAAGCAUUUUAUUGAGAUUAAUAACAGACCUAACUGGUAGUUCAUUAAACUGCUUUGAGUCCUAAACUUAGAAGUUGUUAGUACUCGUAUAUCCUAACCAAAGAGUAACCCAGUACGGUUUUAGUUUUUGAACUUCUGUUUUAUGAUUAUAAAUCCUGAUUUAAAAAUCUAUUUACUUGGGCAAAAUCUUUGGUUUUGGUUACUUAGACUUAAGGUUUCUUGUUAAAAAUCUUAACUUUCUCUAAGCCCAGCUAAUGUUGACUUCUGGGCAAACCUGAAAACCUGGAACAUGUCCCUUCUUUCAUGUAAUUUGUUUGAAAGUAAAGUGGAAUCUUUUCAAGUGACAGAGCUGCAGAAAAAUAUAAGCACUGAGGGCUGCCCAUCUGUAGAUGGCUGUAAAAAAAGAAUAUUUUAAACGAGGGCAAAUAAGUACUUAAAAGUGAGCUGAGCAAUAAAAUGGCGUUUUAGAUAAAUGCAACAGGAACAGGAGACCUGGUUGCCUUAUGCCUUUACUCUCACGUGGAAUAAAUUCCUAGUGUAUAUCCUGUGUAUACCUUAAGAGAAGGGAUUCAAAUCCUCCUCAUACUGUGAGGCAUCCUUUGGAUAUUCUGUGAUGAUGGAGAAGCCUUUUUGUUUGUUUCAGCAUCUUUCUCUGAAAUAUGUUUUUAAAGAUUUUAUAAGACUCGUUUUCAGUGUUUAGUGCUAUUUUUUCUUUAAAAAAAUGAAUCUUGUACUGUAUCUUACUAUGUUCAUGACAUGUUACAAAUUGGAACAGUUUUAUUCUUAGACACGUGAUUCAAUCUGUAUAUACCAUAUAUAAACAUUUUACAAGAAUUAUUUAGUUUUUUAAUUCAUUUACUAAUGCUAUAAAAUUUCCUAUAUUUACCCCCUGUAACUUGCAUCAGAUGGUGUAUAUAACUAAAACAACAUGUUCUGUCGAGUUUCUUAUGUUUUUGUGUAUGGGAGAUUGGGCCAGGAAAAAUUAUGUAAUUGUAAACUGAGUUUGUGCCAUACUUUUUUUUUUUUUUGGCUAGGAUCUUAGUUGUAUAUUAAUCAUAUGUUCAUUAAGUUUCUACUUAAAACCAAGGUACCUGUAAUUUUAAUUCACUAAUUCAUUUUCAUUGGGAAAUAGAGGUAAGUUCUAGUUACAUAUUUUAGAAAAGUUAGCAUUAUAUACAAAGACUAAUUUUAGGGGAAAUGGAAGCAGAAACCUAGGAAGUUGUUUGCUUAUAUGUUGAGUUAUUCUCUGACUAAUACAUCAGAACUUUGUUUCAGGUCUGAAAUGGUUUAGAUCUGUCACUCACUGACCCAUCAUGUGUCACAGAGAUUUCUCUACCCCAUGGCAUCCUUGUUGGAUUGCUCAACAAAAAAGCACAUGGUUGAGAACAUCUUUAAUACUGACAGAUGGCAUGACUCCGCAAAUCUGAUUCUGGUCAAGUCUGCCCAGCUCCAAGAGGCAUAAAAAAGAUGCUAAAGUUUUGUCUCUGCCAAUUGACUCUUACAAGUUUCACCUUGUAAAACUUUGAGUUGAACUGUCUCACUGUCUUACACAUGGGCAUCUUAGCUGUCCCACCCCUAACCCCGAUCCUGCGUUCUCUACGUUAUUUAAUAGACUGGGAAUUUAAUGUUAGGGACUGUAAACCCACCUCUUUUUUUUCUAAGAGUCACUGUGCCCUCUGAGGUUAGGUAGUACAUGAAAACUGUCUACUUUCAGUGGUAAAGACUGAGCAGGCAACUUAUUUUAUGUUGGGUAUAUAGUAUAACUAAAGAAAGAUGACUUGGCAUGAGCACUUUUGGACCCUUUUUCUCCAUGUGCUCCGGACUAUAGAAAGAGACCUUAAGGUCUACAAAGUGGUCUGAAAUGUUGGUCUUCACUCUUGAGCUGAAAUAAGGUAUCCAGUGUCCAUUUGAAUUAGCCCUGGAAAGACACCAUUCAAAUUACCUGGGAGAAUGUUGUAAACUGUUCGGGUAAUUAUGACUGCAGUGUCUGACUCAGAGAGGCAAGCAUUCACAUAUGUUGCUCUAAUUACUGCAUAAAUUAACAUAAAUGUGCAUAAAUGUAACUGACAUUUAAAAGCCAUUGACAGUGAUGGCUAAAAAAAAUCAGGUACCAUGUUUUAUGUUUUUGAACCAAGUAUUUGACACAUUGCUUUGUCAUAUAUGUAGACUAGGAACCAUAUCCUAAUUUUUAAAAUACUAUGCUGUGGAAAAUUUCCUUGACGGUAUGAGACUUAAUUUUUUUUCAUUUUUAACACUUUUUAUUCUUGUGUUUCUUAUUUGGAUCUUGAAUUGAUAGCAAAGUGAUAAUUUAUACUACUGCCAAACUUCUCUUUCAAACAAUUAUGAGAAAAAAAUAUAUAACUUGUUGUUUCUCUGAGGAAAUGCAUAAUGUGUUCAGAUCAAAUGGACAAAUCCCAGUGCUCAUAACAUAUUCUAAUUUUUAUUGGAAUUUUCCAUGGAAUGUUACUACUACAUUAAAGCCAUGUAAGGUGAAACUUUGAUAAUUUUUUUACUGUUCAAAUUAUGGUAAAUUCCAGUCUAAUAUUAACAUAAUUUUGUACUACUACGUGAAAAAUAGUAAUUUACAUGCAGACAUUUAGAAAAAUAUUGAUUGGAGAGGUUGAAUUCCUUAAGACUUUCAUUUAUAGUCUAAAAGUACUAUACAUAAUUGACUUAUUUUAAAAAUAGUAAACUGAAUUUUUUAUUGUAAACCUAUCAAUGUUGGUCCUUUGUUUGCAGUUUCCCAUUUUUCUUUCCUAUAAAUCAUAUAAAACAUGAAUUAAUCUUUUUAGAUGACCCAAGUCUGUCUCUUGAGAAAUGAAUAAAAUAUAGUACUCUUAUUACCAGUUAUCUUUAGUACCUGAAAUAGGUUUUCUUAUAACCAGAAACAAGUUACGUUGAAGUUAACUUUUCUUUGUCAGAAUUUGGGACAAGAAGAAUCUAAAAAUAUUAAUGCUCGAGGAUUUAGAUUCUCUGAUAAUACUGAGGAUUUAGAUGGAAGAAAUUCAACCAAAAUGUCUCUACUAGAGUAUAAUCUUUUGUGGGAAGAAGAUGAACUUGUUGACCAAGAAUUCUUAUUACUUCUGCAUUUUGUGAUUUUCUUCCAAGCUAGUUUUUAAAUUCUAAAUGUGUUUUGAGGUAUGUGGACAUUAAGUGUAACAUAAACGAUUAUACAACUGUCUUUGUCAGUUUAUAGGCAGGUGAAUUUUCUAAUACCAUUGAAUAGAAAUGAAAAUUCACUGUGACCACUCAAGCAACAUUAGUGACCUUUUAAUGACAAAAGGUUAAAAUAUUCUUCAUGGAUGUGAAUUUUGAAAAUGUAAUUAAUUUAUAAACAGCAUUUGAAAAUGUUGUUUAAAUUUUUCCAGGCAUCUGAAAAAACUCAUUUGCUAAAUAGCAUAAGAUUUCCACAUAACUCUCUGGGAUUCUGAACUUGUUGAAAAUGUUACAUGUUAAAUGAUACAUAUCAUUGAGCCAUUUUUUCAAAAGGGGAGAGGAAAAAAUAUAAGAGAAUCUGACUUUUCUAACUGAAAGCCAAGAAAGGAAAAAAAUCCCUCUCUUUUUAAAAAAGACUGAUGAAGUCUUUUCAGAGAUGCCUGAAUUUUGAGAAUUUCUUCAAUCAUCUAAAUGGUCUAGAGAUUUUUGUUUUCCCUGUUCACAACCAGUUGUAUAACAAAUACUCGAUACUGUUUUCCUCUCUGUGUGUGAGGUAGUGAAUCAUUGAUUAUGUGACUUGUUAUGUAUUCUAUUAAACACUGAAGAAUAAAGCAUUCACUCCUUUAAUUAUU